AUAAGAAUAUGACAGAGAGAUGGGAGAGUGAAUGUUCUGGAUAAAUGAUGGAUUGAUCUGUGUUUGGCAUAUCAGUGAAAUAUUGAAAAGCACUGUCACCAUUUGCUGGAGAUUUUUUACUGUAUCAUCUUUGAUGUUGCAGUAAACUGCAAAAGUAGAGAUGAUCAACAGACUUUAGCAAAACUUAAACUGAAAGCAUCUGAUCUUAACCCACCUGGUGGGUAGUGUUUAGUGUACAGGUGUCAGCUCUACCAGGUACAUCAUCUACUUAUAUUUGAAUGGUCUCAGCUCACUAAAGGCAACAAGGGAGGGAGAGGAAGAGAGGAGCGAGGUAGAAACUAGGGCACUGUUAUCUGGCCCCUUUUUACCAACCACCAGGCAGAAAGCAGAGAAUGAGAAAGAAAGAGCCUUGGAGAGAAGGAGAGAGGAGAGGACACCAGCAGUGAAGUGAAGCUUUAGUCAGGACGUGGGAACCUCCAGAGUCAACAUCUGACACCAAGGACCUGAAGAAAAACAGCACAAAGACAACCUUGACUGACUCGCACACUCGCAGGGACGUGCAAACCUGCGUCAUUGGCUCAGAAAAGACCAGAAACAUGUUCGAGGAGCAGGCGACCAAGGUCAAAAUCACAUCCGUGGUGAUCGUCGUCGGCAUGUCAGCAAUGCUGGCGGCGGUGGUGACUGACCACUGGGCUGUGCUCAGCCCCCGGGUGGAGAAGCUCAACGCCACCUGCGAGGCGGCCCACUUUGGCCUCUGGAGGCUCUGCAAGAAGAGCAUCUUCAUCGUGGAAGAGGACCCUCAGGGCAAAGGCUGCGGGCCAAUCAGCUUACCUGGAGCAAAAAACUGCUCCUACUUCAAACACUUUACAUCGGGGGAGGAAGCUGAAGUUUUUGAAGUCAAGACCCAGAAAGAGUACAAUAUCUCAGCAGCAGCCAUUGCCAUCUUCAGUCUGUUCUUCAUGAUCCUGGGCACCCUGUGUGUAAUCUUCUCCUUUGGUAAAGGGCGGGACUAUCUGCUCCGGCCUGCUGGGAUGUUUUUUGCCUUUGCAGGCCUUUGCAUCAUCAUCUCUGUCGAAGUAAUGCGCCAGUCUGUGAAGCGCAUGAUCGCCAGUGAUGAGACCAUCUGGAUUGAAUACUACUACUCCUGGUCCUUUACCUGCGCCUGUGCCUCCUUUACGCUGCUCAUCCUCAGCGGCGUCGCCCUGCUCCUCAUCUCCAUGCCUCACAUGCCGCGUAACCCCUGGGAGACAUGCAUGGACGCUGAGCCUGACACCUUAGAUUAGCCACAGGUGAUGUAACAGCUAUAUCUUUAAAAAAGAAAACACACACGCACACACAACUGUAGCUAUAACCAACUUUGCUCUGAAAGGAGAUGUUUUCUCUUUCUGUUAUUAUUGCAAUCAAUUUUCCAAAACAUUAAAAGAUUUUCUGCCUGAUUUCUCAUGACCAUAUCCAUUGGUUUCAUUCAGUGUUUAAAAAAUAUUAAAAUUAGCCAGAAAAGAAUUUAGCAUACAAUGACAGUCAUGUUGUCAACACAUGGUAGAACGAUUGGGAACUGUUUAAAAGUAAGUAAGUUAUAUCUGAGAUGUGAGACUGAUUUGCCAAGACUCAUCUUUACUCUGUAAUUCUAAAAGCUCCCAUUACUGUUUUCUUAAAAUUCAUAUUUUUAAGUAACUAUGACUUAUGUUACGGUACCAGAUCAGCCAUGAAAGAAGAAAAUGUCAUUCUGACAUUAAACAAAUCAAUGAUUGGCAAAAGCUGUGUGACAUCUGAAGAGUGGAUUCCUUCAAACAGUCCCAGGCGAUCACCUUUAUCGUGGUUUUUUUCGUCAUUUUUGUCUGUAUGUUAACCAGUAAAUCAUUCCUGAAAUGUUACUCCAUUAAAGGAAAUUAAGUCUGAAGUUCUUCUGCUUAGCAUAUAUUUGGCUAGUGCCGACAUGUCAGCAUCUUUCACACAAACUACAGGCAGCCAUGGCAGUGUCUUACUGACCAAAGCAAUUGUAAGGAGGAUUUUGGUGCAACACUGUAUAGUUCUGUGUGACCAAUUUACCCCAGUGACAGCCAGAAACCUCGAGCAACAAUUCACCAAUCAGUCAGGCACCAGUGGUUGGUAGGCAGUCACCAGCUGGUCUCAAGGCCUGUGUGACUGGGUCUUCAGGGGUCACCUUCAAGAGCCCAUAUAAUGCCAGGUUUUAAUGAGGCGUAAAUAUAAUAGAUCAGCAGUUUGAUUUUUUAAUACUGGAUAUUGGAUCCAACAAGUGGAUGGCUGUAACUGAGGAAUGAAUCAGUCUAAAGUAUUAUGGUAUGCUUUGUACAAAUGUGGAAGAAGUAACACACUAAAAAAAACGUCUGGAAUGCUCUUUAUGUCCUGAGUAGACAGAUUCUUUUUCAUUUGUACAUCACAUUUGGUUGUUUUUGACACAUUAGCCUGUAAAGAAGUCCAAACUGCUGGGCAGUUACAUAUACAUUCACAAUGUAUCUGGUCAUCAGUCAUUUAUCUGACACCAGAACUGUCCAGCUGCAGUAAAUCUAGUCCUUAUUAAAGUAAGAUCAUUUUCAAAUGCAUUUUUAUACUGAAAUUCAACAAAUAAAUCAGAAAAGGAAAGACUGACUUUUUUUCUUUUAAGAAAGACUGAACUAAAUCUGUACCCCACCACAACAGAUAGGAAGAGUGAGCCUACACGCUUUAAUGAGUUGUAAUGGUCGGCAGCCUUUUCAUUCCUCCAACUUUCUACAAUCGAUCUAUGCCAUUGAUCAUCGUGAGAGAGACACCGCAUCCCUGAUACUCCCUUGUUGACAUAAGUCAUUGAUUUUUGAGUCACUGUUCAAGAUCCCUGGUGAUUUAGGUCUAGCAGCUCUGAUCCAUACUGUUGUCAAUAUCUGCUGAACCUCUGGCCUGUGCUUUGUAUGUUAGAAAUGUUCUGUUGUUAGUCAAGACCCAGAAAAAAGUAGUUAAAACACUGCAAACAUCAAUUUUAAGAACAUCGCUGAUCAUUUACAUAUAAGAGCAAUAUCUUACUCGAUAUAUAAAGAAUUUGGGCGCUGGUCCCAAUACUUAGUUUCAAGUAUGUAAGCUAAACAGUUAUCCUAGAAUGAAAUGCUGGACUGAUCUUCUAAACUUGAAAACUAGUGACACACUAUAAGAACAAUGUGGUUUCUUUUCUUCAUUUGUCUGCAUGAGUGAUGGGCAAGGUGCCUGUACAGCCACAUUAUGGGAACCAGCAGAUGGAGAACACAGCAAGAUCAAAAUUAUACAGUGUUCAAUGAAUACUGUAUAAUUUAUUGAAUGAACUGGGGGAUCUGGUCUGCAACCAGUCACACUCACUUACUUUGGUGCAUCAAGACAGUGAUAAAAUGGCAAUAAGAUGAAGUCAAUCUGUUAUCAGUUUGCAGUUGAAUAGGUUCAAGUUGGCAGUUACAUCUGUUUGUGAUAAUAUGGCAAUCACAAAUGUGUUACCGUAUGCUGCAAACCUGUUGUUUACGUGCACAGAAAUUCAUAUUAACUACUUACAUUCAGAAUUCAUCCAGAACCUUGUAGAUAUGAAAGAGAACUUCACAAAUUCCUCCACAUAUAGUGACAUAGUUGCUGCUGGACAGCAAUCCACCAGCAACAUAACAUACGCACUCGGCAACCUCACGUUUAUAUAAGAAUAUAACCAGAAUAAAACCAGUUGGCAACCAGCUGAGUCGUGUCCCCUGUUGACUGAAAUGCUUUGGCAAUCUGUCUGUGUUUAUGAAUUAGAAGGCAAUUAUUUGCACUCAGUCCAAGUUAGACCGUAGUUACUUGGAGACCAGUUUCCUCCCACCAGGUAACCCGUGCAAUCAUCCUGAAAGUGGUAACUGAAAGUAGUCACCAAGAGGUUUAGGGUGUUGCACGUUCAACCUCUGAGCAACCAGCUGGUCAUCACAGCCACUUGCAAUCUUGGUCUCCAAAUAAAACCCAAAAAAAAGGAGAUAAAAAUCUGUGCAAUCACCAGGCAACCACUGAUUUUAACCAGUCAUUUACGAAUAUACUAGAGGUUGCCAUACUAUUUUUACUCUAGUGUGACUAAGCCAUAACAGCAGCUCCAGCCUCACUGAGCCUAUCAAUCCACUGCUUAUUUAUUAAUUAUUUAGAGGAUUGUCACUUACAACUUAUCAGUUGUGAACAUUUAAAAAUUUACAGUAAUUUAAUAAUAAUAAUAAUAAUAAUUUAACAAUAGUCCUAGUGCUGUUGUUUUUUGAAAGUAUUGUCAUUGAAUGUAAAAUAGUAAUUCAAAUCAUGAAGAAUUUUAUAUCCUAGCUGUCAAAAGAAAACCGUGAUCGGAAAGAUGCGGCUUUUUAUUCAGUUUCACAGAUGAAAUGAAUCAGAGAUGAUCUCUGCAACAACAAAAACUCCAAUGUCUGAUUUUACCUGACGGCAGUCGUUUUGUUACAAAAUGUUAACAACAACAAAAAAGACAGUCUACAUCUUAUAUGUUAUUUCUCAGUGAGUCACUCGGCCCCGGAGUUAUUCAGCUGGUGCAGGUACAGCAAAAUUAAAGAUCCCUGAAUGAUGCUGCUUCACUCAAGAACACAAGAAGACAUUAUUACUUUUAUCUCUGAGGUCUUUCUGAGAAAGAACAAUCCAAUUUCACUUACACCAGUACGAUAUUCACGUUGGUAUUUAGGAAUAUUAAAUAAAACUUGCAUGUAUCUUCAUUUUAUUAACUACUAAUGAGGAUGUGAAAUGAUCUUGUGAGUGCAUCUGGGCAUCACAUUUUUACAAUAAUUAACAGUCGAAGAAUGAAUCAAAAUAUGUAUAAUAAUAAUAACAUGUAUAAUAAAGCAUUUAUACCAGGUCUGUGAACAAGGCUGACUCAGUGCUAACAUAGUAAUUAUAUAAACAAGGUGAUUUUUACUUUUGAUUUGUAAAAUUGCUCUUAUAUGUCAGUGAUUAGCUUUUUUAAAGAAUAAGAUUACAUUCUUCAAAAAGUUGAGUAAAGCUUUUUAACUCUUUGUUUUUGUGCAAGUGAAUGUUGCAUUUUUACAUUUUUGGGGGGCAUAUUCUUCCACAUUGACCGUCAAAUAUCUACUAAUUUAUUACUCAUGCUUAAUCAUGUCAGUUCCUCUGUACUUACAUUACUGUUGAAAUCAUAUUAACACUAAUAAAACAGGGCCUUUCCCUCCUAUUAUGUUUUGAUAUGUUUAGCUUUAGAGUGACAAAGUGGAUUGUUUAUUUAUUUCAAAAUAAAAGUGGGAUUUUAAGUCCUUUCUUGACCAAACA